GAUGGAUUGUAUGCAUUAAAACAUGAACGUGACAUGCAGUGCCGCAUCGCAUCCGUCAUGUCAUGCACACACGCACAGCACAUGGCAUGGCAUGAAGAGCAAAUAAACACGAAAUACACACCUACAUAGACACAUAGAAGCGAAACUCAUGUCCGUACGCAUCAUCACAUCGUUGUUCUGCCUGCUGGAUGGGCACCGCACCGUGCUCAGACGCACGGAAAUCAAAUGCAGGUAGGCACCCAUCCAUCUGCGGCCUGUACUGGGCCGGCCAGAGACGAGCACAGCACAGCACCCAUCCCAUCCAUCCCAUUUCUGUCUGCAUCCAUCGUCAGUCACUAUACAAUCGUCAAUGCGUACCUGUGCUGUGCGUGGGUAUGGAUGGUAUGUAUGCACACAUAUUCGUGUCUGCCCUGCCCAGGGAUGCCCGUCUCUCCGUCAAAAGAAGCCCCCAGCCAGCUACCCAGCCAGCUACGGAACAAUCAAUUCACCAAAAACGAGUAUUUAUUCAUUGUCCCGUCCCAACCAAUCAAUCUGCAGAUAGUUCCCCCCUCCCGCUACAGGUGGGCUGGGCGCCUGUCUGUGUGUCCAUUCAUGUGUCUACAUAUCUACAGUUCGUCUUUCUCGGUGCUCUCGGGCGCGUCGAAUGGCAGGUCCAUGCCGUACUCGUGUGGAUACCGCAAGAGCUCCCCGUAGUCGGUGAGCUUCGACUGCACCACACUCUCAAGCUUCUCCAGCAUAGUUGCCAGCGUCAAGGACGCGUCUGCACAUAACAUACACGCACACAUACAUACAUACAUACAUACAUACAAGGGGAAAUAAAUGGAUGCAAUGCAGCGCAUAGGUUAGAUGGGUGGUUGUGUGUCGUGCCGGUGGGUGGGCGGAUGGGUCCCGGGGUGGGGGAUUCUGACCUUCAUCUAGUCCGGCGUCAGCGAGCAUGUCGGUGACGUCCCUCUCGUGGUCGCCCUCUGAGUGCUGGACGAUGAUGGCCUCGAUUUCCUUUUCGUCGAUGACGCCGUCCUUGUUGGCGUCAUAGCUAUCGAACUCCUUCUUCAUGCUCUCCUCGUCCUCCUCAGACGCUGACAACGACACUCAUGGGCAUGCCUGAUCUGCUUUACAUCUGCCUCCAUUUGUCUGGUGCAUCUGUUAACUCACCCUCCUGCCCCUUGAACUCGGCGAAGCUGAUCUGCCUGUUGCCAUCCGUGUCCUGCUGCUGAAGAAGCACAGCACAACCACAUCAGCAGCAGAGGCAAUCAGCCGUCGAUGCACAUCGCAUGCCGUUGGCCUCGCCUCUUUUCUCAGCUCACCUUGAGUAUUUCGUCUAUUUCGACCUUCAUGAGAGCUGGAUCUUCGCCCACAUGCAGCAGCUUCUUGAACUCCUCAACCGUCAGCUUGCCGUCUGGAUAUACACACGACACAUGCACGACACGAACAAGAGAGAGGUGCAUGAGUGUGUUGAAAGCAAGACCGCUAUUCUGCCACUCACCGCCGUCCUUGUCUACCGUCUUGAACCGAAGCUGCUCUCACACACCAACACCGACGCAUCGAUCGAUCAGUGGCCUGCCUGCAUGAUCCCCGUUUCUUGCUCACUCACCGCAAUAUCCUCCUUGCCCUCUGCCGCCGCCGCCUCAUCCUCGCCGAAGUAUGCAUCGUGCAAUUCGCUGAGGUCGACAAAUCCGCUCUUGUCCUUGUCGAUGGCAUCGAACUCGAGGUUGCUCUGCCGCAUCUGCACCUGUGGGUGGAGCCUCUUGAGCCACUCGCUCAUCUCCUUCUUGGUCAGCUUGCCGUCGCCGUCCUUGUCCAGCACCGGGAACAGCUUGCUCAUCCGCUCCUCUAUCUCAGGGCGCGCCAAGCCCAGCGAGUCCUCCAGCCCCUCGGUCUCGUCCAUCAUCUCGUCCGCCAUCUCGUCGUAGCCGAAGUCACCCUCGGCCUCCUCGCCGAACGUGAUGUCGUCCUCAUCCUCCUGAGCCACCGACGCAGCCACCAGGAAGGCACCGAAGAUCAGCAGUGAUAAUCUCAUUUCUCCUUCAGCAAAUGCUAUAGUCCCAAACAGCUGCAGUCUGUCGGAGAUGCUGCACGGCUGUGGGGGGGGAGUGUGGGAUCG